CCUCUCCCCCCCCCCCCUCUCUCUCUCACACACAAACACACAGUGGGACUUAGAAUUUUGCAGUGAAUAGUCUCAGAUGCACUGAGCUUCCCUUCAUUAACUCCCACUUGUGUUGUGAUUCUGAUCCAUUCUUAAUUCCAAAAAUAUGGUUGUGGGAGAAGAGCAAGCCUCUGUGUUAGGGUAUUCAAUAUUUUCUUGCCGUACACAACUCAUCUUUGAGUGAGUUUGCAUUAUUUUCUGUAUUUUUGGUUGAUUAUUGCUCGAUUCAUGAGUUGAUAGAGGUUGAAUGGAUUCAAGUGCACACAACUCUGGUUCCUCAGAAUUGGAUUUGGAUUUGGAGAGGGAGUAUGACAUCAAUCUCAAUCUCCCCGGUUCAAGUCCACCGCCAUUGCAGAGCUUCGCUGCAGCAGGCUCCGAGAGCAAUGCUGCUUACUUCUCGUGGCCGGCUUGCAGGAUAAGUGAUGCAGCAGAGGAUAGAGCACAUUACUUUGGUAAUCUUCAAAAGGGUGUUUUGCCUGAGAUCCACGGUGGGCGCCCAACGGGGUUGCAGGCCACUACCUUGCUCGAGCUGAUGACUAUUAGGGCGUUUCACAGCAAGCUUCUGAGGCGGUUUAGCCUCGGUACAGCCAUUGGACUUCGUAUCCGGAGGGGCUCUUUGACUGAUAUACCAGCUAUACUUGUCUUUGUUGGUAGAAAACUUCAUAGGGAAUGGCUCAACCCUGCUCAAUGCCUACCUACAGCUCUUGAGGGACCUGGAGGUGUUUGGUGUGAAGUUGAUGUGGUUGAAUUCUCAUACUACGGAGCGCCUGCAGCUACCCCGAAAGAGCAGUUCUACACCGAGCUAGUAGAUGGAUUUGGUGGGAGUGAUCCAUGCAUUGGAUCUGGUUCUCAGGUUGCUAGCCAAGAAACUUAUGGAACAUUAGGUGCAAUUGUUAGAAGCAGAACAGGAAAUAGGCAGGUUGGUUUCCUCACAAAUAGGCACGUAGCUGUGGAUCUUGAAUUCCCAAGUCAAAAAAUGUUCCAUCCAUUGCCACCAAGCCUCGGACCGGGUGUUUAUCUAGGCGCAGUCGAGAGAGCCACUUCCUUCAUCAGCGAUGAUCGUUGGUAUGGCACUUUUGCAGGAACAAAUCCAGAGACAUUUGUACGUGCUGAUGGCGCUUUCAUCCCUUUCGCGGAGGACUUCAACAUGAGGAACGUCACAACGCUCGUGAAAGGCAUAGGCGAGAUUGGCGAAGUCAACAAAAUCGACUUGCAGUCUCGCGUGGAGAGCCUCGUUGGGAGGCAAGUCGUGAAAGUUGGGAGGAGUUCGGGUUUGACAAGUGGGACUAUAAUGGCCUAUUCUCUCGAAUACAACGACGAAAAGGGCAUGUGUUUCUUCACCGAUUUUCUCGUUGUUGGAGAGGAUCAGCAAACCUUUGAUCUCGAAGGUGACAGUGGCAGCCUUAUACUGCUAACCGGCACCAAUGGCGACAAGCCACACCCCGUUGGGAUCAUAUGGGGCGGGACAGCCAACCGGGGUCGUCUGAAGUUGAAAGUAGGCCAGCCUCGGGAGAAUUGGACCAGCGGAGUUGAUCUAGGCCGCCUCCUUGAUCUCCUCGAACUUGAUCUCAUCACUUGUGCACGCGGCCUUGAAGCUGCGUUGCAGGAGCAGAGGAGUGCAUCGGGUGCACGGGACUCAACUUCUUGGCCGAUAGAGUGGGGCACGACCAAGGACAAGUCGGAAGACAACUAUGAUGUCCAUGCUCUAAGCAUUCCUCAGGCUUCCAGUGAUGAUGAUUCGACGCCAUUGUUUAGGAACGACGAGUUUCACAUCGAGAGUCGCCUUGAGGCAGCUCCGGUGGUCGAGCAUCAGUUCAUCACGAGGUUCUCGGGCGAAUCUCUGGUGAACCAAGAGGAGAGGGAGAGGGAGAAUGCACAAGAAAUAUGUGUUUCAUUGCAGUUAGGUGAACCAGAAUGUAAGAAAAGAAAGCUGUCUGAUUCGCCUAACUCAAACUAGAAGCAUGUUUUCUCAUGAAAUGGAUCCUCUGAUACGGUAAAAUGCAAAUAAUAUCCAAUCUAUUUGACA